AUGGCCCAUCCUCCACCGUCCAUCAACCCCCGCUCCGGCUAUUCCCCGGCCACCAAAACCUUUCACAGUCUUCGUCCCCCCGUCCCCCUCCCACCCGUUUCCCAACCCCUUUCCUUCACCUCUUACGCCGUUUCCCUUCUCCCAAAUCCGUUUCCCUCUUACCCCGCCCUUAUCGACGGCUCCACCGGCGUUUCCCUCUCGUAUCCCGAUCUCGUUUCCCAGAUCCACUCUCUUGCUUCCACUCUCCACUCCCAUCUCGGCAUCUCCAAAGGCCACGUGGCAUUCAUCCUCUCCCCAUCCUGCCUCGAGAUCCCCAUCCUCUACCUCUCUCUCCUCUCCCUCGGCGCUAUCAUCACUCCGGCCAACCCCGCCGGCACGCCAUCGGAGCUCUCCCGCCUGAUCGACCUCGCCGGCCCCACCCAUUUCUUCACCACGUCAUCAUAUUCCUCCAAGCUCCCCCUCCACGUCACCCCCAUCCUCAUCGACUCCCCCCUCUUCCGAUCCUUCCUCGAAUCCGGCUCCGGCUCCCAUUUAUCCGAUCCGAUCAAGAUCCGGCAAUCGGAUACGGCGGCGAUACUCUUCUCGUCUGGGACGACGGGGAGAGUAAAAGCCGCGGCGUUGCCGCACCGGGAAUUCAUCGCGAUGACGGAGGAGUUCCGGGUGCUCGGUCCGUCGGAGAGGGAGACGACGCUCGUAACGGCGCCAAUGUUCCACUCGAUGGGUUUCUUUUUGGUGCUGAAAUCCAUGGCGUUGGGGGAGACGACGGUGUUCCCGGGGAACGGUGGUCCGCUGUUGCCGACGAUAGCGGCGGUGGCGGCGAAGUAUAGGGUGACCCAGUUGUCGACGGCUCCCACCCUCGUAGUGGCGUUAACGCAGUUGGAGGAUACGAUGAGGUUCGAACUCUCCACGCUCCGCCGGGUUUAUUGCGGCGGCGCGCCACUCUCGCAGGAGGCCGCGGAGAGAUUCCAGUCGCUGUUUCCGGCCGUAGAGAUUAUUCAGGGUUAUGGUGCUACAGAAGCUGGAUUAAUAUCUAGGAUGAUUAGCCGAGAGGAAUGCCUACGACGGAGAUCAGUUGGCCGUUUAAAUUCGAACCUCGAGGCCAAGAUUGUCGACCAUGUCACUGGUGAAGCUUUGUCAGUUGGCCAACAUGGUGAAUUUUGCGUUCGAGGACCAACCAUCAUGCUAGGUUAUAUUGGUGAUCCUGAGGCAAAUGCCCAGGCUUUUGAUUCUGAGGGUUGGUUAAAGACUGGUGAUCUUUGUUAUUUUGAUGAGGAUGGCUUCCUUUACAUUGUUGAUCGCAUAAAGGAAAUGAUCAAAUACAAGGCUUACCAGGUAGCACCCGCGGAGCUGGAACAAGUGCUUAAUUCUUCACCAGAUAUUCUUGAAGCUGCAGUUGUUCCGUAUCCAGAUGAAUUUGCUGGACAAAUUCCGAUGGCAUUUGUGGUGAGACGACCGGGAAGCAACCUCAGUGAAGCAGAUGUGAUGAAAUUCGUAGCAGAAUUGGUGACACCAUAUAAGAAGAUUCGAAGAGUGGCAUUUGUAAAUUCCAUACCGAAAACACCAUCAGGAAAAAUUCUUAAACGGGUGCUUGCCAAUGUUGCAAGCUCUGGUUCUUCAUCAAAGCUAUGA